AUGACAUCGCCGAAUAUGGCAGGGGCCUCGCUGCCAUUUGAUCAGUCUCCCGCAUCUUCUCAUUCUGGUAUUCAAAAUGGCUUUGGCGUUUCUGAGGCUGUUGGUGCAGACUUUAUCGAUUCUGACCACUCAUCCAAUGACGAUCACAAAGCCAUGUUUACAGAAUCGGGGAUCUCUGCUUCAUUGGUAGAUCCAAAUGAUGCCAAUGGUAUUCUCAAUUCGAAUGGUACAGAUGGAUCUGGGUCUGGACACAGCAGGAAACGAUCGCGUGAUGGCUCUGUGAUUCAAUCGAGUGAUGUAUCUGGAUCUAUGGCGCUUCGUACGCGCGAAACACCACUGCAAAAAGUUCUUCUAGAACAGUAUCUCAACCGCGAAUUCGACUAUUCAGCCGCAAUUGCCUUGAACAACCAAAGCAAAGAACUACAGCAAGAGAAACGAGCAGAGCGCGAUUUCUAUUUCCAGCUUCGCCGCGAGCAUCAGAUAAAUCCAGCUGCGUUGCAUGGUCUGGGCUACGAAGGUUUUGGAAACCAACGUACGGACUUGCGUACUCCGCACCCUCAGCUACUAUACCCAUCCAACCGACGUCGGCCCGGAAACCGGAAAACGCGAGAAUUGCGGGUUUCACGUCGAGACAUGAAAGUGCAGAGUGAGCAGAUGGAAGAUCUUGUACCGAUUCGACUCGACAUCGACUGGGAGAAAGUUAAAAUUCGAGAUACCUUCACCUGGAACCUGCAUGAUCGUGUUAUCUCGCCAGAUCUGUUUGCUGAAAAGCUUGUUGAAGACUUGGGGCUUGCUUUAGAGACAUCUGGUCCGUUGAUGCGUCAAAUCUCGCAGAGUAUCCAAGAACAGUUGAUGGACUACUAUCCCCAAAUAUUUAUGCAGGAGGAGGCUCUUGAUCCACAGCUCCCAUAUUUUGCAUACAGGAACGAUGAAAUGCGUAUUCUGAUUAAGCUGAAUAUCACCAUUGGCCAACACACCCUGAUUGAUCAAUUUGAGUGGGACAUCAACGACCCACAGAAUUCUCCAGAGGAGUUUGCCAUGCGCAUGACCGACGACCUAUCUCUUUCUGGCGAGUUUACUACCGCUAUAGCCCAUUCAAUCCGCGAACAAUCGCAACUCUUCACCAAGUCGCUUUACAUCGUCGCUCAUCCGUUCGAUGGUCGCCCCAUCGAAGACCCUGAUCUUAGCGCUUCCUUCCUACCAACUCCCGUAUCAUCCGCCUUCCGACCGUACCAAUCCGCCAAGGAACAUACGCCAUAUCUUUACGAAUUGAAUGAGGCAGACCUUGAACGCACUGAGAUUUCGAUAUCUCGAGAACAACGUCGACAGAAGCGAUCUAUCAACCGUCGUGGUGGUCCUGCCUUGCCAGACCUGAAGGAUCGUCAACGCACUAUCCGCACACUAAUCGUUUCAUCUGUCAUCCCGAACUCAGCAGGCUCUAUUGAGGAAAGCAAUGUAACCAAGCGUUCGGGUACUGGUCGUCGCCGGGGAAUGGCUGGAACUCGUGACGAUGAUUCCGAUGAAUUUGAUAGCGAUGACUCGGACGAAGGGUCACCAGCCAUUGGACCUUAUCUGGCUCAGGGUACGGCUCGCACCAGAGGUAUGCAACGAGGUGCCGCUACAGCUGCCCAUGCAGCAUUGCGAGCAAGCCUGGGACAGUCUGCGACUCCGGAACCAGUUUAUGAACCCCGAGCGUCCACCCGACGACAACAAUAUCGAGAGGAAAGCGUAGAAGAGGUUGGCACUUUGAUUGUGAAGCUCAAGCUUCCGCGAGACAAAUUGCAUGCUCUACGAAACGGACGGCGUAUUUAUCCGACACAACAAACUGGUAAUCCUAUGGCACCCCCAUUGGCCCAGCAAUCCCGACAACAUGUGCAUGCGCCGCCGCGCCCUCAACAAACAGGAGCUGUCGAUGCACCAAAACCUCCCCAGCCUGGUGUACCUGGUCCCCCACCGCCUUCAUGGCUUGUGGCUGGUCUUCAACGGUUGAAGCAAGCCCACCCUAAUGAUUCGUUUGAGGGAGUAAUGCGUUAUUCAGCAGUGGAUAUGGAAACUUUGGCCCCUGUAACGAACCCCAACAACAUGCAGUCUGGCCAUACGAUCAAAUACCAGUACUUGCCUCGAAUUCGCUGCCACGACUGCCCCGGCAAGCUCUACACACCCGGACCUGGUAUGACAGUCGACAACUUUGAGGUUCAUCUUCGCAACCGUCAACACAAGGAGCGGGUCGAUGAGCGGAUUGUCAAGACAGGUGGCGCUCCCUCAAACCCAAAUAUUGGUAGCCCAGCCCAUAGGGGAGUGACUUCAGCAAGCGCCAGCCCAGCCCUAGGUGCUACUUCUUCAUCUCUUGUCAGCCGGCCUCCCCAAUAA